AUGGGUGAAACUGGAGGCAUACAUAAUUCAGAAGGAACGUCUUUGCCGGCAUUUAUUACUUCAUUGUCUGUAAAUUUUGUUAUGUUUACAAUUCAGGUAGUUGCAUUUUUUAUAUUACGUAAUUUCUUACAUCGUGUAUAUGAACCUCGAAGCGUUAUUAAAAUCCUUCCAAGUGAUAAAAAAGUUCGGUCUCCACCUAGAUCUUUUUUAAAGCUUUUUCUACUUCUUUAUCAAACUUGUCCAGAACAUAUUAUUAAAAAAUCUGGUCUAGAUGCAUAUUUUUUUCUUAGAUUCCUUAGAAUGUGCAUCCUUCUCUUUUCUUUCUCAUUAUUAAUAAUUUGGCCUAUUUUGCUUCCAAUUAAUUCAGUUGAUGGAAUUGAUAAGACUUAUAAAGGAAAGCCUCGAGGGUUGGAUAAAUUUAGUUUUGGAAAUGUUAGUCCGAAGCAUAUAAAUAAGUAUUGGGCUCAUCUUGUUCUCGCGUAUCUUUUUGUUUGUGUAACUUGUUAUUUGAUAUAUUACGAAUUAAAGCACUUCAUUGAGAUUAGACAGGCAUAUUUAACUUCUCCUCAGCAUCGUAAUACUACUUCUGCUACAACAGUUCUUAUAACAACAGUACCAGAUGAAUAUCUUGAUGUAGGGAAAUUGAAAGAACUUUUUAGUAUAUAUCCUGGUGGUGUCAAGAAUGUUUGGAUAAACAGAGAUUUUUCUCCAUUGUUAGAACAGAUUGAGAAAAGGGAUAUUAUUGCCCAACAAUUAGAAGAGGCGGAAACUUGUUUAAUACGAAAUGCCUUGAAAUGUAGUAAAAAAAAAAAGAAUAAGGAAAAAGAAAAGAAAGUGUUAGAUUCUAAAAAUGCUCAAUACCUAGAUAGUAUAGAAUCUAGUAAAGGCUUAGUAUAUAAAUAUGUGUCAUUUAAAAAACGACCUAAACAUAGACUUCCUUUGUUCUCGUGGUUUAUAUCUCUUCCACUUAUUGGGAAAAAAGUUGACACAAUCAAUUGGUGUAUUUCAGAAUUAAAAAGGCUCAAUCCAGAAAUAUUAGAACAACAAAAACAUCCUGAGAAGUUUAAACAAAUGAAUAGCGUUUUUAUUCAAUUUAAUGAACAAAUAUCUGCUCAUUUGGCUUGUCAAAAUAUUUUGCACCAUAAUGCACUUCAUAUGACUCCAAAAUAUCUUCAUAUAUCUCCAAAAGAUAUUAUAUGGGAUAAUUUACAACUAAAGUGGUGGGAUCGUCUUAUCCGCGCAAUAAUAGUUGUAAUAUGCAUAGCUUCUCUUGUCAUUUUUUUUGCUUUUCCAGUAGCGUUUGUUGGAUCGUUAUCAAAUGUAAUAAGUUUAAGUAAAAAGUUUUCAUGGCUCGAGUUUCUUGGAAAUCUUUCUAAAUCAGUGACUGGGCUUAUAACAGGUUUAUUACCAAGUGUACUUCUGGCUAUUAUAAUGGCAUCUGUUCCAAUAAUUAUGAGAUUUGCUGCUGAACUUAAAGGCCUUCCGACUCAAACAGAUGUUGAAUUAACCGUCCAAAAUAUGUAUUUUUCAUUUCUUGUUGUUCAAGUUUUUCUUGUUGUUACCAUUUCAUCAGGAAUUACUGCAGUAAUAGCAAGUAUUAUAAAUAAUCCUCAAAAUACACCCAAACUUUUAGCACAAAAUUUACCAAGAGCAAGUAAUUUUUUCUUUUCUUAUAUUCUUUUGCAAGGCUUAUCGAUUGCAUCUGGAGAAUUGUUGCAAAUAAUUACACUGAUUCUAUAUUAUAGUUUUGGGAAAUUAAUGGAUAAUACUCCAAGAAAGCUUUGGUCCCGAUUUACUACACUUAGAGUUUUGGAAUGGGGAACAACUUUUCCAAGAUUUACUAAUCUUUCUGUUAUUGGAAUAACAUAUUCUAUUAUUGCACCUUUAAUAAUGGUAUUUGUGAUUAUUGCUUUUAUGCUUUUUUAUGUUGUAUAUCUUUAUAAUUUUCUAUACGUUUUUGAUUUUCCUGUUGACACAGGUGGCUUGGCAUUUCCUAGAUCGUUAUAUCAAAUGAUGACAGGAAUAUAUCUUUUGGAAGCAUGUCUUACUGGUCUUUUUUUUUUGGCACGUGAUGAUCAGAAUCAUUUUGCAACUAAAGUUCAAGGAAUUCUUAUGAUUAUCUUGAUCAUUUUUACUGUUUUUUAUCAAAUUCUUCUUCAGAAAAGUUUUGAUCCAUUGAUAAAAUUUUUACCUCUGACUUCGCAAAAUCAAAAUAAUAAUCGAAAUUAUAUUCAUUAUGAGUCUUCAAUGCAAGAUAUGACAUCUGAAGGAUCUAAAAGCCCUAGUCAUUCUGCAGAUUUUAAUAUAAAUUGCGAAAAUUUAUCUAUUCAAGAACGAGAAAGUAUCAUUUUUUCUUCAUUUCAACAUAAAGCUUUACAAAUAAAAACUCCAGUAAUAUGGCUACCACAGGAUGAGUUAGGAAUAGCAAAAGAUGAAAUAGAGCGAAUGCCAAAUGAAGUAUUAGUAAGCAUGGAAUAUGCAAAAAUAGAUAAUAAGGGAAAAUUAACUUUUCAAUCAAAUCCACCGGAUUGGGAUCCUUAUAGUAGUUUAGCAUUAUAA